AUGGCGCUGCUGCGGCAGGAGCGCCUGGGCAGGGUGUUGGGGGCCGCCGCCGUCCCGGCCCCCACCCCACGCCGCCAGCUAACGGAGGUGUUAGCUAGCCGGCAGGCCACCCUUCGGAAGGUGGCAGCAGUGCAGCUGGGAGCCCGGCGCGAGGACACCCAGACCCGGGCAUGCCUGGCUGCCCGGGAGCUGCAGCGGUGGUUGAGCUCCCUCGCGGCGGAGCUGGGCUACACCAUGGAGACCAUCGACCCCGCGGGCGUCCUCUGGCGCGGCCACAUUCAGCACGAGCACCACGUGCUGGGCAAACCACUGGAGCAGGUGAUGGACCGCGUGGGCCUGAAAACCAAGGAGGUGGCGGAGCGGUAUGCCCACCGCGGGCGGCACCAGGCCAGGCUCCGCAAGCAGCAGCGGCUGGCGCAGCAGGGUGUGCGGCGCGUGCGGCAGGGGCAGGCAGAGGCAGGGCCCCCUAACCGGCCCGCUCCCCUGCGGUCAACCACUCUGCGUGCGCAGCUGCGGCAGCUGAUCGAGGGCUAUUCUGCCUAG